UUUUUAGCCAAUUUCAAGUUACUAAUAGUUUUAAUAUUUUUUAUUUUUUUUUGUCCCAAUGCCGCAUCCAACGGCACUCUCUCUAUCUAUCUCUAUUCUUUCAACAUUCCCACUCCCUAUUUUUUACUUUUAUUUUCCCAUUCCCUCCCCUCCCUUUCCCUUAUUUUCAUUAUUUUCAGCUUUUCUCAUUUUUUUCUCUUAUUUUUUUUUCAUUUAAAACGAGCCCAACGGCAUGGACGGCACUUUUGUUGGCACUUUUUGUUUAUUGAUUUCCUCAAUACAAACACGCUGGAAGGCUUUUUUUGUAGAAAUUCGAGAGAAGGAGGACUGAAAGC